AUGUCGUCUACGGUGGGCCUCUUGGUGGCUCCUCUUCGCGUCGAUUUUGCUGUGCACCCUGCUAUGAUCUCCCUGGACUUUGAAGCUGACCGUUUAUGCCGACUUAUGCCGUUUUCCUCAAUGCAGUCCUGUUCGAUGCCAUCUUGCUCCAUGCCGUUUUCCUCCAUGUCGUCUUCCUCCAUGUCGUUUGCUCUCCAAGUCCAGGACUCCUCAGAGUCUUUCUUCGCUCUCAAGGUUCAAGACUCCGCAGAGUCUUCACUCAUCCUACCAGCCCUAGACUCUGGCGAGUCUAAGUUACAUCUUGCUUCAGAAGCUCGUCUGUCAGCUUAG